AUGGCCACAUACGGCACCGCAGCGCAAGUUGGAGGAAAGCAGAGAUACAUUGAGUCGUUCUUCGUGUGUGUUAAGCGGGGAGACCUGAGAUACCUCACUGAGCUGCUCACCAAAGAUCCUGAAGCCAUCAACGCUCGAGAAGAGACAGGGCAGACACUGCUACACCAUGCCUGCGCCCUGGGCCAGCUUGAAAUCGUCAUCUAUCUUCUGAACAGGAGGGACUGCAGUGUCAGCGAACAAGAUGACAUAUACCAACACACUCCUCUGCACAUGGCGUGCAUGUACAACCAAAACAGAGUGGUUGCUGAGCUGCUCAAGAAACUUUCUUCAGUUGAAGGCGGUGUCUGCAUACAAGACAAGUUUGGUUGGACGCCACUCCAUCACGCGGCGCGGAACGGAAACGUGGAACUGUGCAAGUUGCUGGUUGCCAACGACUGCAGACCUCACAUCCCAAAUGAGCUGGGGAAGACGGCGUGCCACUAUGCUGCCGAGAAGGGUCAUCUGGAUGUUCUCAAGUAUCUCUACGACUACGUCGAGAGAAUUGUGUCCCCUCCAGUGAUACCUGACGAGGGUGUCCCUCCCACUAAACCAACUCUCCUCCAUUGUGCUGCUCUAGAGAACCAGACGGCAGUUGUUGAAUGGCUACAAGGCAGAGUUUAUCCUCCACACACAAAAUGUCGCAGAAUCCUAGAUCUCGACGGCAGGAAGACGAGAGAUGAGUAUGCAGAGGAUGUUGCCUCGUGUCGUGGGCACAGCGCUCUCAAGGGGAUCCUUGCAUCCUACAGACAGCAAUACGAGGGAUGGAUAAGAGACAUUCGAAGUGACACGGUGCCUUUGGAUCGGAUAAAGCUCUGUAUCUGUGGUCACGCUCGUGUGGGGAAGUCCGCCAUGAGGGAAUCGCUCAGUGCCCCCUUCCUCAGGCAGAUGCUGGGCAUGACGGUACCGGUCUCACCAGAAGACGGUUCGACCCAGCACACUUACGGCAUCGACAUUCGCAUGAUGCACCUAUCUGCCAAAGACUUCUUCAACGUAUGGGACUUUGCUGGACAGGUUGACAACUUCAUCACGCACGACUUCUUCAUCUCGACGCAGAGCACUGUGUUCACCGUUCUAGUGAAACUGACUGACCCGAUUGAAGAACAGAGGUCACAGCUACUUCUCUGGCUUGGUUUCAUCAAAACCAGAAAUCUCGGUCAGAAACCCUUCAUCGAUAGUCCUCUGGAGCAAGACAGCGUUCCCAUGACGACACACCAGCAGCCACGGCGACGGUUGCUAACGGCGAGACAGAUGCAGCGGCCACAGAGGAAGAAGAAGGCUGCGGAACCCCUCGUGCGUUCAGUUUCCUCUCCUCUCCAGCAGAACGGAAUGGAGACGGGUGGAACAGGGAACGGGGAGGAGGAAGAUGCAGGGAAAGAGAAAGAAGAAUCUGGGGGUUCCGGCAAAGGGAGGGGGGCGGAAGAAAGUCAGGCCGAGGGGGCAGCAGGGGGGGCUCAAAAUCAGAACAGGAUUCCAAAACCGGCAGCAGAAAUGUACGGGAGCUACAUCGACCCAGUCCCCGUGCUGAUUGUGGGGAGUCAUUAUGACAAACUCGAAGGUCAAGGUGCAGCGACAGAGGCCGUGCGAAAGACGCAGCAACUGGUUGAUGAGCUGCGCGAGCAGUUCGAGGAAUACCUCAGCAUUUCCCCUCGUCUCUACCCCCUCAACUGCCUCUCGGCCGUGUCCAAGGAAAUCAAGGAUCUUAAAGAAAAACUCUGCGAAGUACGCUCCGAGCUCGUGGAGUUGCAGCCACGGUAUCCCCGAGUGAUGGAGAAAGUGGCGCGCCAGAUAGAGUCACUCAGAGGGGAACAGACCAACAUAAAGGUCUUGUCGUGGGACAAACUUCGUGACCUGGUCAAAAGCCAGAACCAACUUCUCUCCGAUAAACAGCUGAGCUACAUCUGCAAGUGCCUCACUGAUGCUGGAGUUGUGGUGUACUUUGAAGAGGGGAGCCCUGUCAAAUCACAUCAUCAUCGAUCCCGCCUGGCUGUGUAAAGAUGUCCUCGGGCAAGCCCUGGCUCCCGGGAGUUUCUCAAGGGCAAAAGGUUCCCUUUCGCGGAUGGGGUCACACGAAAUCUCAAAGGGGGUCGUCCAGGGAAAGCUGUCGCAGUUUCUCGAUCAUCAGCACAUCGACAUCAUUAUGCAGCUGCUGAGAGAUUUCGACCUCUGUCACUACAACCGUGACACCGACACGCUGUUUUUCCCGGCGUUCCUCAGCGAAGAGCUCGACCGUUCUCUCUGGACGAGCGACGUCCAGUAUCAGUCUUACAUCGGCCGUCGGUUGAUGUGCUCCGACGUAACCGACUCCUUUCCUCCCGGUUUCUUCUCCCGGCUUCAGGUCCAGGUUCUGAAUUCCCUGAGAUCUGAGCGAGUCCACGUGUUCAAGGGCAGCUUGCUGGUCCACGGGACUGGCUUCCAGUGCCUUGUUAGUAUCGGUGUACCUACACAAGCCUCGGGCCCGUCACCACCGCACCAGAGAGGCACACUCAACUAUCGUAGCGCCAUUACGAUCCAGGCACGAGCGUCGGAAGGCCAUCUCUUCAGCUGCUGUCAGAACCUCGACCUCAUCCAGACCAUGAUUGCUCAGCUGGUACGCGUGGCCUGCCCCACCAUCUUCCUCGAUCUCCUCAUCCUCAGCAGUUCCGAUCUUAAAGCCCACUCACCGAACCCCCACGCCUACACCAUAUUCGAGGUCAUCUCGGCUGAAUCUGGUGGAGACGAAGUCGUGAAUGAAGUCACCGGAUUCCGGGAUUCCCCUCUCGAUCUCCUCUACCUAGGAGACGAAUCGGUCCGCAAAACCAGCACCGGUCGUCACACGAAAGUGGCGUACCUCUCCGAGGACAUCAUUCAGAGAAUCGAAGAGCUGUUGGAAGACGGACCUAAGGACUGGAGAGACUUGGCACGGAAACUGGGACUGGACAAGUAUAUUCAGCUCCUGGAGAGUCAGAGUCCCCACUCCACACGACUUCUCUUGCUCAAAUGGGGGGAGAAGCCGAGAUGGACAGUCGAUAGUCUGCUGUAUGCUCUCAGGGGCAUUGGUAGAGAGGACGUCGUCAACUUUAUUAGGGCAAGAAUGAACCUACCGAGAAAGUAGCAAAAUUUGUAACAUGUUCAUGAACCUGAAUGCACUGAUGACAAUUAAGGGAG